AUUACCAGUGACACACUAAGAACACGUCGUCGGCUGUUGCUCGGUCGAGUUGUGUACAAACUUUUGUAAAAGUGCUCAAGAAAAAUCGUCAAAAUGAUUCAUUUUACAUCAGUACUUGUGCGACACUGUGUACUAAUAGUGUUGUUGGGGUUCUUGAGAGGGUGUUUGUGCAUUGAGCAUGAUUUAACUGUCGUCGUACCAGCCGGGAGAAGAGAAUGUUUUCAUCAACAUAUUAAAGAGAAGAAGACUUUAGAUUUCGAGUUUCAGGUAAUAGAAGGAGGAGAGAUGGAUAUAAAUUUUAUCUUGAGGUCUCCAACCAAUAAAGCAUUAGCAACGGAAGCACGUAAACAAGAAGGCAUUUACACAUUUGGAACUCAUGAAACAGGGGACUACCUAUUUUGUUUUGAUAAUUCCUUCAGCAGAAUGUCAGAAAAGCUGGUCUAUUUUGACCUUGCCCUUGACUACAAUGACGACGAGGCAGAAUUGAAGAAACCGGCUUGGGUGGAAGCCUUGGGAAGUGAAACCACAACAGACUUCCUUGAAGUCCGACUGGAAGAAAUACAGACCUCCUUAGAUGUAGUAAGAGACAACAUGCAUAAGUGCGUACAGCAUCAGCGACUACUAAGAAACGUAGAGUUCCGAGAUCGCUAUUUGGCAGAGCGUAACUAUGAAAGGGUAACCUUCUGGUCUGUUGUUACUGUGGCCGUUAUGAUGGUGACAUUUUUCAUUCAAGUUAUAAUGAUCCGUAGUUUGUUUAGUGAACGUGUUAAAGGAAAGACAUCAGUUAAGACAUGAUGAUGUUUAAGGAAGGAUUCGAUACUUAAAUACAUUGGAAAGUGGAAACCAGGUUAUUUAAUUAUUUAUUACAACCAGCAUCAUCAUUACGCAUUCGCAACCGAGCUUCUAUUCACAGGUCACGUCAGUGUUAUCCCUGAUCAUGUUUGGGAAGUCAUCAAUUUCAGACUACGUAUCUCUUCGAUCACGUUGAAGUAGUUGAAAGGUCUGCACCAGUACAUUGUCUAAAGGUCGGUUUAUAGUCGGUUGCGCGAUGGUCACGCGACCGACUAUAACUCGGCCUUAAUGGCAAAUGGUUUUUAAGUAAAUCUGUAAAGAAAUGAUUGAUAUUACAACAAGAUAUAUUUAGCGUUGGAGUUGUUGAAAAAUAAAGUUUUUAUCGUAACCUGGUUUCUUACUUCUAGUAUAGUAGUCUUCCAAAUACAUGUAGCAACUUUCCUUUACUCAUCUAUUGUGUUUUUUAAAAGGCACUGGGCACAUUUGGUAAUUGU